GUUUUUCGAAGUUUCCCGUUAAUUUUUUACUACCAUAUCGCGAGGCGAAUAAGAUAGUUCGCGUGGACGUGACGGUACUACUUGAUUUCGCGAAAUAAAUUUGUGUGAGAACAGGAAAAAGUCGGAUUUCGAAUUAUCCUUAACGUCCCCGGAAGGAUAUAAAAGGAUCUGAAUUUGCGGAAAAUUUAAGUUGAAAAUUUCUCCGAUUUUAAUGAUUGAAGUGUUUUGACUGAACAUUCCGAACUUUGGCUGUGCUUAAACAAAGAACCAAGAAUUCGUGCUGAUACUCAUUGGAAAAUCAAUCCAAAGUUUUCCCAGUUUCCAUUGAAAAAAAAACAUCGAAUCAAAGCUGCAAAUUCGAACAAAUUCACCUUCAAACUAUCCCGGAAAGAAAAACUAUUUUCUCUGUUCACGUAUUGAGAAAAUUUCAAAGUGCAUUUCACAGUGAAAAGGAUACACUCGAUUCAGGCAGCGUCGACGGCAUAUCGGGGUCUCUUGUCUGUGUCCAUUCAGUGACCGUGUCAAAGAAAACUCAAAGAAGAAGUUUUCCGAGAGAGAGAGAGAGAGCAAAAAAACGUAGAAAAACCUACGAGAAGAGAGAAUUCCAAAUGUCCUGAAUCUGCAUCCUUCGUGACAUUGUGCCGCCAACAGAAACCCGAAACGUAAUUUUUAAUUAAUCGAAAGUUGAAAGACUGGUCUGGCGUCGUCCAAUAUUUUAAUUAAAAAAGUUUUUCCCGCUUCUGCUACAGUAGCUCACCACGUCAAUCAAUUGAGCGAAUGCUUGCCAGCUAACCCGGUCGGUCUUUAUCCUGGCCCGGUUGUUUCAGAGAAAAAGGAGAACAUUUUUUUUGCAUCAGAAUCGAAACGAAAUUCGGUACCAAUCAGCUAACGUUAAAUAAUUUGAAUUAUUCUGAAAAGUUUGAGACAAUAUUUCAUACAUAAAUUGAAAGUGUCCUGGGAGCAAAAGGCAAACAAUCAGAUAUUUUCUGAUCCCCAAAGUGCCCGCUACACUGUUUACUUCAGCACUAACCGUGAAAAAAUCCGUUGGCAUCGAUAUCAACAUUUCGGAGCAGUUCUUGCAUUAACAAUUCACCAAAACAACUUACAAACGAGAGUAAAAGUUCAUGCAAAAGAUCCGAUUCGAAUUCAGCCGCUAUAUAAUGAUAACGAAAUACACUUUCUUCCUUAUUCUGCAAAUAUCCCUCAUAGUCGCCAGCACCAAAGCAUUUCGACUACAGCGUCAUAAUGGAACCAAACGUAUUACGAGAGCUUUUCGUACUAAUAGUGAUGGUGUGUCCCCAAAAUACACCCUUUUCGAUCCACUGGCUGACUUAGCCAGUCUUCAACUCUUGGAAGAACAACCCCUAAAUGAGCACAUCAACGCAAGGGAGUGUGGAACUCGGUCGGUGCGCUACCAUCCACAACGUUCAGGAAGAAUAAUUGGAGGACAUGAAGCUCCUUACGGAGCUUACCCGUGGCAGGUGGAAAUUGAAAUGUUCAACUAUGGACUACGAAAGUUUGAGCAUCAUUGCGGAGGAGCACUUAUAGGGGAUAGAGUGGUUAUCACGGCUGCACAUUGUCUACAAGUACCACAAUUGGAGUAUUUGCGAUUGGUAUUUGGAGACCAUCUUUUGGCGGAAAGGGAUUUGUAUGAACAUGGAUUCCGAGUAGAUGCAAUCGUUUUGCAUCCGGAUUACAGGAAGCAGGGACCCUACAGCAACGACAUUGGCCUUAUGCGGGUACGUACACCCCGCGCCGGAGGAGGUGUACCCUUCAAUACACAUAUCCGAGCCAUUUGCCUGCCGGAACCUGGUUAUAUGCCGCCUGCUGGAACAUGGUGCUCUGUAUCAGGAUGGGGAGCUCACCAAACGCAUGAUCUUAACAACAUAGCCGAUGUCCUGCGAGCAGCUGCUGUUCCUAUUCUGGAUUUGGAAGUUUGUAGGAUGAGCUCUGUAAACGGGGGUAGAACACAAGAGAUAUUGGAUUCAAUGAUUUGUGCUGGUUUCUUACAAGGUGGCGUAGAUGCUUGCGGAGGCGAUUCUGGUGGACCACUUGCCUGUGAAAUUAAUGGACGCUUUGUCCUGACGGGAAUUGUUUCAUGGGGUGAUGGCUGUGCAAAGAAGAAUCGACCCGGGGUUUAUACACGAGUGGAAUCAUUCAUCAACUGGAUUCGGAAGACAGUCAGAGAACUUCAAUGAAGGGCCACAGCAUUUUUAGAUUACCCGAACCAAUUGGCUCAUUGUUAUUGUUGU